UGAAGGACAAAGAGGGGAAGAAAUAGAAUUUAGACCAUUUCCACAAAUAAUUCUUCGCAGAAAUUUAUACAGAUUCCCAUCAAAUCUUGAGAAACCCUAGGUGUCAUUUGCUUUCCCAUUAUUUUGAAUCAUUUUGCGUGAGAAGGCCCUUUGUUUGUUGAUUGGAUCCUAGCCGACGGUCAAUUACUUGCUCUGGUUAAUUUCCCGAAAAUAUAGCUCCAUCCAGAAUUGGCUUUCAGCGAUUUGAGAGGAUACUGAGCUUUCCUCCGUCCAAAGGCACCGAGAGUGGGAGAGUUAGAGCGGGAAAAAAGAGGGAAUGAAGACGGGUUCGAAGUCGGAAGGACCUUCGGCUCCAGCGCUUCGACGGGACCCGUACGAGGUUUUAAGCGUAUCCAGGGAUUCCACUGAUCAGGAAAUCAAGUCUGCUUAUAGGAAGCUUGCUCUCAAAUAUCACCCAGAUAAGAAUGGCAGUAACCCUGAAGCUUCAGAACUUUUUAAGGAGGUUGCAUAUUCUUAUAGCAUCCUAUCAGAUCCAGAGAAGAGAAGGCAAUAUGAUAGUGCUGGUUUUGAGGCCCUUGAUGCUAGUGGCAUGGAUAUGGAAAUAGACUUAUCCAAUCUUGGAACUGUCAAUACCAUGUUUGCAGCUUUGUUCAGCAAGCUGGGUGUUCCUAUUAAGACUACAAUUUCUGCUAAUGUUCUUGAAGAAGCUCUGAAUGGAACUGUCACAGUUAGGCCUCUUCCAAUUGGAACAUCAGUUAGUGGCAAGGUGGAUAAGCAAUGUGCUCACUUUUUUGGUGUGACAAUUAACGAGGAGCAAGCUCAAGCUGGAAUUGUUAUAAGGGUUACUUCAACUGCACAAAGUAAAUUCAAGUUGCUCUUUUUUGAACAUGAUGUCAGCGGCGGUUACAAUUUGGCCUUACAGGAAGAUAGUGAGAAGUCUGGGAAAGUAACAUCUGCUGGGUUUUACUUUUUGCAUUUUCAAGUGUACAGGAUGGAUUCCACUGUCAAUGCGUUGGCAAUGGCUAAGGACCCUGAAGCUUCUUUCUUCAAGAGGUUGGAAGGUCUUCAGCCUUGUGAGGUCUCAGAGCUAAAGGCUGGCACCCAUAUUUUUGCUGUUUAUGGAGACAACUUUUUUAAGACUGCUGCAUAUACUAUUGAGGCACUAUGUACAAAAAAUUAUGAAGAUACAACAGAAAAGCUGAAAGAUAUUGAGGCUCAAAUUUUGAGAAAGAGAAAUGAGCUACGCCAAUUUGAGACAGAAUACCGGAAGGCAUUAGCGCGCUUCCAAGAAGUGACCAACAGAUACAAUGAGGAAAAGCAGUUUUCUAAUUGGGUGGGCACCUACUUUUGGGAGCACAUGUGGUUGGAGAUAAACCUUUUUAACCAGAGUGUCUCACACAUAUCGGGCAUGUAUACAUUAGCCAAACUAAAGUGUCCUUGCUUCUUAGAUGAGAGCACAUCUUCUCUUUCUCUUGAAUUUUAUCCUUUAUUGAGGAGUUCAUCCAAAGAGAAGAAGUGUUCAACAUAUGUCUAAUGAAUGUCAAAAUGAUAUUCAAUUCGUUCGACCAAUAUCUAAUAUUUGUCUAUUUUGUUUGACGAAUGUCCAAUUAAGUGUUUGAGUGUGUGUGUUUCAUAAUUGGGUUAUAAGAGUAGGUAUACUGAACGUUAUCUACUUAAUGUAUCAAUGAGAGCAACAUCUUAUACAAAGUUAGAUAUGCCUUGGCAAAACUUUGAUCGAAGCCCAACAUCAAAUGAUGUGAAAGGAUGUUGAUUUUUUUUAUUUUUUAUUUUACAUUUUUAGAUAAAUGAUAGGUUUGAAUUUUGGAUCAUCUCAUGUUCUUAUUCAUUAUUCGUUCACUAGGAAGAUAUGGUCAGACAUCUUUUACCUCCUUUGGUUUGAGCGUUGCAACAUCGAUUGAUUCCCUUGACUGGCUAAAGUUUCUGGCUGCUCAAUCUACAAAGCCACCUUUUGGCCGUUCAUUGUAAGGGCUAUCAUUUGAAUGAUUUGGGGCGAGAGGAAUUGGAGGAUCUUCCAAAAGAAAGAAAGCCCACUAGAGGAAGUUUUAGAUUUAUCUCUUUUCUUGAACAACUAUAGCUUAAGUUUUUUCUUACACAAGGGAGAAUUCUCUUGCAUCUCAUUGGAUGAGUCUUUGAUAUUGUGGGAUUUCAUUUCAUCAACGAAAUUUAUUUUCUAUAAAAAAAAAAAAAAAAAAAAAAAAAAAAAAAAAAA